GAUGCUCAUAAAAAAACGUAAGACCACAUCCUACUAUGUGCAAAACAAUGGCUGUAAUUCUAUUCAUGUUCAUUCUCAGUGUUGUUUCACAGAACUUAGUGUACAUGAUGCCACCUACAGUUGCUCUCUCUUUGAGUUCAGAGAGUGACAAGCUGGCUUUACUUGCUUUGAAGCAUGAGCUUACCAAUGGAGUCGCCAAUGCUCUUCCAUCGUGGAAUAACUCUUUACAUUUCUGUGAGUGGCAGGGUGUUACAUGCGGACACCGCCACAUGAGAGUCUCUGUCUUGCACUUGGAAAAUGAAAACUGGGGUGGCACUCUUGGACCAUCUUUGGGAAAUCUAAGCUUCCUCACAACCCUCAUUCUUUCCAACAUCAACUUGCAUGGGGAAAUUCCCACACAAAUUGGUCGACUAAAGAGAUUGCAGGUUCUUGACUUGAGCCACAACGGUCUAAAUGGUCAGAUUCCUGUACACCUUUCUAACUGCACUAAACUUGAGAUGAUUAACUUGUUGUACAAUAAACUCACAGGAAAAGUUCCCUCCUGGUUUGGAAGUGGAUCCAUGACACGGCUAAAUAAGUUGCUUCUUGGUGUCAACGAUCUAGUUGGUACUAUCCCACCUUCCUUGGGGAAUCUAUCAUCCCUUCAAAAUAUUUUCCUUGCAAGAAAUCAUUUGGUGGGAAGUAUACCACAUGUUUUGGGUCGGUUAUCAAAUUUAAAAAUCGUGAAUCUGGCUUUAAAUAGUUUGUCAGGAGUAGUCCCUGAUUCUCUUUAUAAUCUUUCUAAUAUUCAAAUUCUUGCUCUCGCGAACAACCAGUUAUCAGGUAUUCUUCCAUCAAAAAUGCAACUUGGUUUUCCAAACCUUCAAGCCUUUUUGUUUGGAGCGAACCAGUUCAGUGGAACAUUCCCGUCUUCAGUAUCCAACAUCACCGGAUUGCAAGCGUUUGAUAUCUCCUACAAUGGUUUUAGUGGGCCAAUUCCUCCCACUUUCGGAAGCUUAAAUAAACUUCAAAUGCUUAACCUUUGUUACAAUAGUUUUGGAAGUGGGAGAGCUCGUGACUUGGAUUUCCUUUUGUCAUUAACAAAUUGUACUCAUUUGCGCAUACUUCAUUUGGAUGGAAAUGGAUUUGGUGGUGCAGUGCCAGGUCUUAUCGGCAAUUUUUCUACCUAUCUGAGUAUUCUUACUAUGGGGUUGAAUCAAAUAUCUGGAACGAUACCUGAAGGAAUUUGGCAGCUAAUCGGUUUAACCGACAUAGACAUGGGAGAAAAUUAUCUACAGGGAACUAUUCCGGAUUCAAUUGGAAGGCUCAAAAAUCUAGUAGGACUGGACCUAGAAGAAAACAAAUUGUCUGGUAAUAUUCCUACCGCCAUUGGCAAUCUCACUAUAUUGUCUGAACUUUCUCUGCAUUCAAAUAGUUUUGUUGGUGGCAUUCCAUUAAGCCUCAAAUACUGCACGCGACUGGAGAGAUUUAGUGUUUCGACCAACAAUUUAAAUGGAGAUAUCCCUAAUCAAACAUUUGGCAAUUUUGAAGGUUUGGUAAAACUCGACUUAUCUUACAAUUCUUUCACUGGUUCCAUCCCUUCAGAGUUUGAAAACUUGAAGCACCUUUCCGUAUUAUAUCUUCAGGUAAACAAAUUUUCUGGUGAAAUACCUGAAGAGCUUGGCGCUUGUUCCGGGUUAACAAAACUUGUGUUACAGAGUAACUUCUUCCGGGGAAGCAUACCUUCGUUUUUGGGCUCUUUAGGAUCCCUUGAAUUCCUAGACCUUUCGAACAACAACUUCUCAUGCACAAUCCCUGUUGAACUACAAAAGUUGAGUUAUUUGAAUACUUUGAACUUGUCUUUUAACCAUCUUUAUGGUGAGGUUCCCACCGGAGGUGUCUUUAACAAUGUUACAGCAAUUUCACUCAUUGGAAAUAAGGAUCUGUGUGGAGGGAUACCUCAACUGAAGCUUCCUGCAUGUUCUAAGUUGCCCUCAAACAAACACAAGUGGUCUUUCAGAAAGAAACCCAUCCUUAUCAUUGCAAUUGUCGUUGGAGUGGGUUUGAUAACUUCAACACUGUUUAUCAGCAUCUAUCUGAUCAGGAAAAGUCCCAAAACACAAUCGACUUCUUGGUCUCCUGAAAAAAAGUACGUAAAGGUUUCUUAUGGAGAUCUGCAUAAAGCAACCGAUGGAUUUUCUUCAUCCAAUUUGGUAGGUUCUGGAAGCUUUGGUUCUGUAUAUAGUGGAUAUCUUCUCCCUUUCAAAACACCCGUUGCUGUGAAGGUAUUGAAUCUUGAAAAGUGUGGAGCGUCAAAAAGUUUCGUAGCUGAGUGCAAGGUUGUAGGAAUGAUAAUGCAUCGGAAUCUUGUCAACAUCUUGACUUGUUGUUCAAGUAUUGAUUAUAACGGUAAAGAUUUCAAGGCUAUAGUUUUUGAAUUCAUGCCUAAUGGCAGUCUAGAAAGUUUGCUGUACGACAACGUUGAGCCCGAUACUAGAAGUUUCAGUGUCAACCUUGAUCUUGUGGUAAAUAUUGCUCUUGAUGUUGCUAAUGCAUUGGAUUAUCUUCAUCAUGGUUCUUCGCAAGCUGUGGUUCACUGUGAUAUUAAGCCAAGCAACGUUCUUCUUGAUGAUGCCAUUGUUGCUCACUUGGGAGAUUUUGGGUUAGCAAGGCUCCUUCAUGUGGCGACGGGACAUUCCAGCAGAGAUGAGGUUAGUUCGUCUGCAAUUAGAGGAACCAUUGGAUAUGUUCCACCAGAAUACGGAGCAGGGCGUGGAGUAUCAACUAAAGGAGAUAUGUACAGUUACGGAAUUGUUGUGCUGGAGAUGGUGACAGGAAGGAAACCAACAGAUGCAAUGUUUGGUGAGGGUUUAAGCCUACACAAAUUCUGCCAAAUGGCAAUUCCAGAAGGAAUGAGUGAGAUAGCAGAUUCACGUUUGGUUGCGGCAACUGGUGAAGAAGGAAGAAGGAUGAUGGAAAGCAAAAUUAGGGAGUGUUUGGUGGGCUUAGCUAGGAUUGGAGUUGGAUGUUCUGCAGAAUUACCUUCUGAGCGAAUGGACAUAAAAGAUGUGGUACUGGAGAUGCACUCAAUCAAACAGAGGCUCUGUCACUAAGUAACUAGUUAGAAUUUUUCAAGUCUUACCUCCGUCAUUAGUAUGUUUUCUUUCACAUGUUAAUGUUCUUUCAACUUCUUCAGUUUCUAAGUUUCUACUUAGUGGUGUAAUUUGCUACUCAAUAAUGAA